UCUUCUCUUCACCGUUCAAACACCUCCUUUUGUGUUUUAAUUUUGUACCCAAAUGAAAGGCGCGUGUUUAAAUUUCGAAAACCCCAUCGAAGAUGCAGUUUCCAGGAUCCGAUUCGCCCCUCAGUCCAAUAAUCUCCUCAUUUCCUCUUGGGAUUCCAAUCUUCGAUUAUACGACGUGGAUAGCUCUCUGCUUAGAUUAGAAGCUCCAGCUCCCUCACAAGCUGCUCUUCUCGACUGUUGUUUCCAGAGUGAGUCCGUUGCUUUUACGGCUGCGUCCGAUGGUUCCAUUACAAGGUAUGACUUGCACUCAGGAACUAUUGAUGCUAUUGGAAAUCAUCAGGACAUGGCAACAUGUGUGGGAUACUCAAUUGAAACAUGCCAAGUGAUUUCAGCUGGAUUAGACAAGAAGGUAAUGUCUUGGGAUAUGCGCUUGGCAAAUCCUCUUGCACUCUUCAGAAAUCUGGGUGCAGAAAUUGAUUCCAUUUCUAUCUCCGGUUUUGAUUUGAUGGUAGCUGUUGGAGCAGCAGUAAAUAUAUAUGACUUGCGGAACUAUGAAAGAGCGGUGGAUUUAAAAGAACCAUCUAUGGAUGUAGGGAUAAGUUGUGUUGCUUCAGUUCCAUAUACCAGAGGAUAUGCAAUUGGGUUGAUAGAUGGACGUGUAGCGCUGGAGAUUUCAAAUCCAUUAAAUUCGAAUUCCACUGGAUACACUUUUCGGUGUCACCCUACGACAAAGGAUGGAACGGCACAUCUUGUGUCAGUUAAUGACAUAGUUUUCAAUCCACUCAUUGGUGGUACUUUUGUUACUGGCGAUAAUGAAGGCUAUGUUACCGCGUGGGAUGCUAAAAGUAAAAGAAGAUUACACGAGUUUCCUAGAUAUCCAAAUAGUGUGGCAUCCUUAUCAUACAACCAUGUGGGGCAACUUCUAGCUGUUGUAUCAAGCUACACAUAUCAAGAAGCUAAUGAAAGGGAGGUGCCCGUGCCCCCUCAAAUAUUCAUACAGAAAAUGGAAGACAGCUAUGUUGGAUUCUCUUCUGAAGUUUCAAAUGGGGAAUGUAUUAAUAAUGGAGCUUGCUCCAAACUGCAAAAUGCGGGGGAGAAGGUGCAAAGCAUUUUGUUUUGGUUCUUCCAUUCAGUCGCCGCCAUGUCUGACGAGGAGCAUCACUUCGAGUCAAAGGCCGAUGCCGGAGCUUCAAAAACUUACCCUCAGCAAGCUGGUACCAUUCGCAAGAAUGGUUACAUAGUCAUCAAGAAUCGCCCUUGCAAGGUGGUGGAGGUUUCGACCUCCAAAACUGGCAAGCAUGGCCAUGCUAAAUGUCACUUUGUUGGGAUUGAUAUUUUCAAUGGAAAAAAGCUUGAAGAUAUUGUUCCUUCUUCCCACAACUGUGAUGUUCCCCACGUCACCCGUACUGACUACCAGCUGAUUGAUAUCUCUGAGGAUGGAUUUGUGAGCUUACUGACUGAGAAUGGCAAUACUAAGGAUGACCUGAGACUCCCAACUGAUGACAGUCUCCUCACUCAGAUUAAGGAUGGAUUUGGUGAGGGGAAAGAUCUUGUUGUGACGGUGAUGUCUUCUAUGGGAGAGGAGCAGAUCGGCGCCCUCAAGGACAUUGGUCCCAAGUAAUCUGUGCCUGGCUGCAGGCAGCGCAUGCCCAAGGUAAUAUGUGGGUUGACUGCUGAUAGUUGUAGUUUUAGCAAGGGUUUUUAUGUGGGUUUGAGAACUGGGCCCAUUUAAGUAACGUUCUGCACCAGAUGCGGGCUUAUAUGAAGACUUGCCAUUAUUUAAGUGGCUUUUUAUUUGUAAUGAAUGAUAUUCUUGUGGUUCUUGGUUUGGAGAAAGUUUGUUCUGCCAUUAAGACUGUAUACAACAUCUUGGCACCUUUGGUGGUUUCAAACAAUUUACAGUUUUUAUUUCCUUG